AUGAGUUCUUCUCAUCGUCUCAAAGGUCUUCUAUCAAUAACUGUUCUUAAAGCAAAUAAUUUAAUUAAGGGUGAUUGGCUUGGUGAAAAUGAUUGUUAUGCUGUUCUGUCACUUGAACCGCUUCCACUUCAAUCAAUAGGAGACCUUAGAAACAAAGAUCGACAAACAGAAAUCGCGCAAAUGACGCAGAUUCAUGAUGGUUCAAAUCCAGUUUUUAAUGAAAAACUUAUUUUUCCUGUUGCUGAUAAAUUAGAUAUGUUAUAUGUUCAAUUAUGGGAUGCUGAUCCAGGCAAAGAUGAUCUUUUAGGACAUGGAACAUUGAGUUUACUUGAUGAUGAUCAAGGUGGUCAAUUUGAUACAAAUACAAAAAAAGAAUGGCUUUAUACAACAACAAUUUCUUUAACUACUGAAAAAGGUAAACAAGGUGGAACAGUGGAAAUUGUGCUUCAUUUUAUUCCUGAAACAGUUGCUGCUUAUAUGGAAAAAAGAUUCGAUGCUGCUCAAGCAGAAUUGAAAAAGAAAUUAACACAGCAAAUAGUGGCAAAAGUGACCGGUACGGCUUCGAGCCAAAUUCAAGGUUUUAUGGGCAUUGGCAAUUAA